AUGACCAAAGCAGAAAUGCGGGCCGACAGCCUGACGCUCGCCGAUCGCGUCGCCGGCGCCCUGUGGGGCAUGUUCAUCGCCGACGCGCUCGCGAUGCCGGUGCACUGGUUCUACGGAGGUGUCGCGCAGAUCCGUCAGGUAUUCGGUCAGCCCAUUGCCGGCUACAUCGCGCCGCUCUCGCAAAAGGGCUCGUUCCCCGAGUCGAUAAUGGCGCUCUCUUCGACUGGAGGCGCCGGCCGCGGCGGCAGUGACAGCGACAUCGUCGGCACCGUCAUCAACCACGGCAAGAAGGGCUUUUGGGCGCGUGGAGGAGGGUAUCACUAUCACUGCAGUCUCGAGCGGGGAGAGACGACUCUCGAGGGCGAGAUGGCGCGGCUGGCGAUGCGCUCGCUGACCUCCGGCGGCGAGGGCGGCUUUGAUCUCGACCGCAUGCAGCGCGAGUACGUCGACUUCAUGACGACGCCGGGAAGCCACCGCGACGCCUACGCGAGCUCGUAUCACCGCAUGUUCUUCCAGAACCGAGCGGCGGGCAGGCCUCUGCGCGAGUGCCCCUCAAACGACGGGCACAAUGUGGACGCGAUCGACGGCCUCGUCAUCCCUGCCGUCGUGCUGCUGGGCGGCGCAGCGCGGCCCGAGGGCGAGGCUCUGCACGAAGCGCAGCAGAGCGUGCGGGUGACGCGCUCGUCGCCGCGCGUCGAAGGGUACGUCGCGGAGCUCUCGGCGGCGGACCCACGCCGCCCCGACCCGGUGGUGGCGUGCUACAUCGACGACAACUUUGCGUCGUUGCUCGGCUUGGCGGCAAAGUACACGUCCUUCUCCGAGGCGCUCCUCGCCAAUGCGAACGCGGGCGGAGAGAACGUGCAUCGCGGGCUAGUCCUCGGCGCUCUGAUGGGCGCGCAGGUUGGCGCCUCGGGCAUCCCUGCCGAGCUAAAGGCGGGCCUCUACCACCACGACGCCAUCGCGGCGGAGAUCGACGCCUUUAUCGCCGCGCGCGUCUCCGGAGGCUCAUGCACAUGA